AUGGAGGGUCCCACCCCGAGGGGGCGAGCCGCCACAACGGCCACGUCGGCCCUCGUGGGCCUCAUCCAGGAUGCCGCCUCCGCCCGCCAGCUCCUCGACGAGGCGCAGGCGGUGUUGGACGAGCGCCGGCGAAGCGACCAGAGAGAAGGUGGUGGUGCAAACGAGGCGGUUGUCCAGGCGCACCAGGCGGUGGAGGUGCUGGUGGCAGCGGCUCUGGCCCACGAAGACGUUGCGAUCACACCAUCGUCGUCGUCUUCUUCUUCUUCUUCUUCAUCAACACACCAACAGCAGAUGGUGCUGCCCCGACCGAGCGCGCAGCGGCAGCGCGUCCAGUUGCGUGCGGCGACGCGGAAGCUGCGCGCGGCGCUCCACCUGGCCCUCCACCCGCCCUUCGCGGCCUCGCUCCUCCUCUCCCACCACUCUGCGCGCCACCUGUGGACCUCCAACCCGCUCGGCCCGCUGGCGUGCACGAUGGAGUGGGAUCGCUUUAAGAAGGCGUUCGUGGCCUAUGCCAAGGAGCACAUCGACGUGCCCACGAGCCGGGAGCUGGACCUGCUGUGCCGCGUGCUGACCGACGCACCGCAAGGCGCGCCGACAUUGAGCGCCGCCGCCUUGACCACCAGCGGAGGCGGGACCAAGCUGCAGCAGGCUCCGGUCACCCUCGUCGGUCUCGCCCUCUUCACCGACCGGUGGGGCGUCCUCGGCUCCUUUCUUCGACUCACCCGCAGCGAGGCGAUGCCCAGGCUGGGCGGGGAGGUGGUCGUGGUCGAGGGCGUGGGCGAAAAGGAUCUGCUCUACGGUAUCUACCGGGCGGUGAAGGGCGGUGUGGCAGUGGAGUUCGAGGAGGAGAGCGGCGUGAUGUACCAUAUCAUGGGCGACGCGAAGGAGAAGGGUCCGCUGGCCAAGAAGAAGGUCGCGCCCGCGCCCGCCUCGACGACCUCAAUCGACGACAUCGCCCAGCUGUUGGGCAAGGCCAAGGCCGGCGGCAAGCAGAAGAAGGAAAACUCCAAGAUCUCUUCGGCCCUUCUCGAGGAGUUCCUCCUCCAGCACAAGCUCCUCGAAGACGAGGUGGUGGCAUUGGAGAAACGGGUGGCGAGCGAGGCCGGCGAGGAGGCGGCGUGGAGCGUGGCCGAGAUCGAGAGGAAGCGGGAGGAGAUGUCCUUCGCGAUGAAGGUUCUCGACAUCCUCUCCCCGCCCUCCGUCAGCAGCGGGUCGGCCAUCAUCACCUCCUCGCGCGACACCAAGUCCAACAAAGACAAGAAGCAGAACAAGAAGAAGUCGCUCUCGGAGGCCAAGGCCAAGCGGCUCACGGUGGACCUGUCUUCCCUGCGCAAGAACUCGUACCGCAUCAACCCGGCCGCCACCCGAUCGGCUGACCCGCUCCUGUCUCCUCGCUCUGGAGGCGAGGCCGCCUCGUCGCCGUCUCCGUCGCCUCCGCCUUCGCCGUUGUCGUCGUCAUCGUCGUCGCCCUCUCGGGGCAUCUCGUUCGUGCAGCCCUCGGCCGGCGCCGCCGCAGGGUCGGCCAUGCCACCUCCGCCGCAGCUGCGGCUUCAGCAGAUGUUCGACCCGCCGCCGCCUGUCGUUCGCAUUGCGCUUCCAUCACCCGACAUCGCCGCCGCCGACGCCGACGACGACGCCGGCUCGAUGCCACCGCCGCCGAUCCCCACGCGGCUGCAGUUCGAGCCGAGACCCGAUCCCAGCUUCACGCCCAUACCCUCGCCCCACUCGCCGCCCGCGUUGUCCACGCCGCCUCGCCCCUCGUCGACCCACACGGCGAGGGGACCGUCAUCGCCGCUAUCGAUGUCGACAAGCCGCCGCAGUUCGACUCCCGGCGGCGAUGGUAGCGAUCAUAAGAUGACUACCACCGUCGCGGCUGCCGCUUCGAAUGGUGCCUCGGCGCAGCUGCACGCGGCGGCGGAGGUCGACGUGCCGCCUGCGAGGACCAGCGCGCAACACAAAGAAGCGUCGCGACGGCAUCGAUCGAACUUGGCCACCGAGAUCGAAGACAUAUUUGGCCGUGUAAAAUAUCUCGAAUCCACGUUUGCGGAGAAGGAAGAGGAGCUGUGGGCGCUCGAAGAGCGGCUCGAGCGCGACCGGACGGCACUCGACCAACGCGUCGCCGCUGCUGCGCGCACCCAAGCCGAACUCCACGCCGCCGCCGCCGAGAUCGAGCAAAAGCGUCGGCAAGUCGACGAGAAAGACGCUGGGCUCGCCGAGCGCGAGCGCCGCGUGGCCGAGGCCCAGAAGCGCAACGACGAGGCCCAGCGCGACCUCAGCCGACGCGAGGCCGACUGCGCGCGGCGGCAGGCCGAGCAGGAGGACGAGCAGGCCCGGCUGCGCGACGAGAAGGAGGUCCUGCGCAAGGACCGGCAGCGGCAGAUGGCGUUCCUGCUGCAGGCCGAGCAGGACCUCGAGGCCCGCGACAGUGAGGGGCAGCAGCUGCUCAAGCAGCGCCAGGCCCUCGUGCGACAGAAAGAGGACGAGCUGCAGCGACGUCAGCAAUCGUUGUUUGAGCGGGAGCAGGAGCUGGAGCGAUCGGGCGGCGGGGCCGGUAGCGUGACGGGUGUCGACCACAAAUCGCAGGCGGCGACGGAGGAAGCCCUGCGGCUGGCCAACGAGGCCGUCGCCCGCCUGGAGCUGGCGGCAUUUGAAAAAGACCAGGAGAUCGCCCGGCUCACCAAGGCCCUGGAGGCAGCGGCGGCGGCAGCGGCUGCGGCGACAGUGACGGCGCAAGAAUCCAAGGCCGUGGGCAAGCUGUCCGUGUGCGCCAUGUGCAAGGACUCCAUCAGCCAUUCCCUCGCCGAGCCCAACGACCCCGACGACGACCCGUCGACCAUCUCCUUCGCCAUGGUCAAGGGCCGCUUCCCCGCGCCGCCUCGGGUGAGCCACCCGACGCCGGGCAGGUCGCGGACGGCCUCGUCCGAGGUGGUGGCGGGCACAACCACCGGAAUCUCGCUGCCCCCGCCACUCGUGUUCCACGCCCGGCCAACGGCGACGAUGACGUCAUCUCUUCCGCCGGCCCUGCCGCUCCCGCCACCGAUCACGUCGUCGUUGCUGACGUCAGCAUCGUCGCCAUCCCCGGUGCCUCGCUCCCUCCCGCCUCCGCCCGUCGACGACACCGCAGACUUUGCGGCGUUGUCGGCCGACAGUUCGUUCUUUUCGGUGCCCACCGACCUGCCCUCGCCCUUCAGCACGCCGCUCCCGCCUGUCGACAUGUCGACACCAUGGGCGCCCACCGACCUCCCGCCGCCGCCGCUGCCCUCGCCCUUCUGCUCCCCGCGACCCUUCGACAGUGUCGACGACGACAAUAAUGGGAACGACGACGAUGACAGGUUCCUGGGCCUGCAGCCUGCGACCACCCCGCCGCCGCCACCGCCGGCGCCGCUGCUCUUCAUCCCGUCGGCGCUCACCCUCACCCUCACGCUGGCCACGCUCGAGCGCCUCUCGGCCCUGCCCGACGCGGCCGUCCGAAGAAUGCAGAAGGUGGUGCGCGGGUGGCUCUUCAGGCGGAGGGCGAGGCGGCUGACGUGUUGGGUGGCCUCCACGCCGGAGAUCGACCUCAUUCGCACCCGCAACCGGGCCUUUGACGAGUUGGUCGACACCGAGCGGUCCUACGUCCAAUGCCUUAACGACUGCCGCGAGGCUUAUUUGGCGCCGUUGUACUCGGCGGCGGCUGCGGCGCGGUCCCUGGGAGACGACAGCUUCGUCACCGAAGAACAGCUCAAAGAGAUAUUCGGCGACUUCGAGCUGAUCGUGCAGGUCAAUCUCAAAUUCCUGAUGCCGGUGAUGAAGCUCUACGCGGGGUAUGUGAAGAACUACGACCAAACGGAGGCGGCACUGCACAAGCACGAAAAGCGCGCGCGGUUCGCGGCCCUCAUCAAGGAGUGCAAGGCCAUGCCGGCCAACCGACGCAAGCUGCCCCUGUCGGCCUACCUCAUCAUGCCCAUCCAGCGCGUCGCCAGGUAUCGGUUGCUGGCGCUGGAGAUCCUGCGACACACGCCGGAAGAGCACCUGGAUCGGAGCCAGAUGGAGGCGGCCGUCGAGCAGCUGCAGGCGCUCUGCGCCACCAUCAACGACUCCAAGCGCGACGCCGAUUCGCGCAAGAUGUCGCUCCACCUCAUCGCCCACCGCAUUUCCGGCGCGCCCGCGUCGCUGGCGUCGCCGUCGCGGGUGUUCAUCAUGGAGGGCCCGCUGUCGGUGGUGGAGACGCGGACGAAGGAGUUCCAUUGCUUCCUCUUCAACGACCUGUUCGUGCGCACCAAAGCGAAGAACAAGAAGAAGAGCAAGAGCAAGAAGAACAAGCCGGCCAAGGACGGGUGCGUGUGGAAGGGCGAGGUGCCGCUGGGUAACGUCGCCCUCGUCGAUCUCGACGACACCCCCUCGCGACGAAACGCAUUCCAGAUACUGAGUGAGUACAACGGCCGACCGGCCACGAUUGUCGUGUGCGCACCGACAGCGGGGGCGAAGAGCGAGUGGAUGCUGGCCAUUUCGCUCCACCUCAUCUCCCCGGCAUCGAGUUCGCUGUCGUCGUCCUCUCGCAUCACCGUCUCCUCUUCGCCCCAUGCGGGCUGA